UUUAACAGGGGCACCUACCGGAAGUUAGCGCACCAUCGCUUUGAGAGUGAGAGCGGUCGGAGCUGUUUAGUAUUUGCAACUUCUGUCUUCGCUUUUAAUCUCUCUACAUUUUAUAGGCGAGAAUGACAGACCGAUACAACAUCCACAGUCAACUGGAGCACCUCCAGUCUAAGUACAUCGGCACAGGACACGCCGAUACCAGCAAAUGGGAAUGGCUGGUGAACCAGCACCGAGACUCUUACUGCUCCUACAUGGGACAUUUUGACCUGCUUAACUACUUCUCCAUCGCUGAGAAUGAGAGCAAAGCGCGAGUCCGUUUUAACCUGAUGGAGAAGAUGCUCCAGCCAUGUGGACCACCAGCAGACAAACCUGAUGAUGCUUAGAAUGUCCCGGAGUGCUCCGUGGAUGAUUUUUUUUUUUUUUUUUUAACUAUAUUCCUUUUGUAGUAUUUGCUUUAUUUUUCUUGGACAUUCAACUCUGCCUUCUAAAAUGUCUGACUAUAAAUCAGAAUUUCAUCUACAUCCUUGUAUGACCCUGCCAACUCUUGACAGGAUUACACAACAGAAGACACCUGGACACCGAUGUUUGCGGUGUUUACAUCUGGACCACUGAAAAACAUUGUAUCUUGCCCCACACACAUCUCCAGCAAGAUAGCAAUGAAGCUGAACGAAGAGAGUGAGGAAGUCCUUCAAGACCUGAACAUUCACCAGAGAAGAUCUUAGAAAAUGUGUGUACAAAGUGGUGUACUAUCAUCUGUUAAGUAUUUGUAUUAACUGAUUGAGGUGUAUUCUUGAUUGAAAUGUCUGUUUUGAUUGAAUUAAAAUUAGUUUUUCUCUA